GCACCGCCAGAUUCAAGCAGCGGCGGUGGCGGCCGCGCUGAGGGCGGUUGGUCGCGGGGCCCGCGGGGUCGUUGCUCGCCGCCGCCAUGGAGAUGAUGACCUUCCCCCGCUACAGCCCCGACGACAUCAUCAGCUACCUCCGCAGCCACGUCCUGGCGGGGGCCGAGGCUCGCAACUUGGCCAAGGGCGACGUGUUCGGCAGCGGCAGCGCCAAGCCUGAAGUUUUACACAUGAUUUACAUGAGAAUCCUGCAGAAAGUCUAUGGAAUCCGCCUGGAACACUUCUACAUGAUGCCGGUCAACGUUGACAUAGUUUAUCCACAGAUAUUUGAAGGCUUUCUACCUGUUUGUAACUUGUAUAUUCACAUGGAGCGCUUACUUCCCGUGUGCCGGAUCAAUGAUUUUCAAAUUGCUGAUGUGUUAAACCCAAAAACAAAGAGGACAGCUCGCUUCUUGAGUGGCCUUCUCAACUUUGUAAACUUCAGAGAAUUCCGACGUGAGGUCUACUUGGACUUACAACUGAACUAUAAAUCGGCUAUGGAGAAACACCAGCAACUGGAGACUGCAAAUCGGGAGGCAGUAGUAAAGCUGGAGAAACUGAACACUGUUCCAGUUGAACAUCAAGCUGAGGUCCAGCAACUGACAGAUAACAUUCGAGAACUGGAGCAACUACUGAGGCAAGAAUAUCGUCGGAAACAAGCAGCUUUGCAAGAAACUAUUUCGCAAAAGAAGUUGGAUGCUGCAGAGGGCACCCGAAAACUGAAUGAGCUUAAAGUGACAAUGGCUUCUUUGAAAGAAGAACAAGAGCAGCUGAAAUCAAAAAUUGUGGAGAGUCCAGAAGAACUGAAAAAUUACAAAGAACAGAUGAAAGAGACUGUUAAGAAACUCAAGAAGUCCAAGCAAGAAGUUACUGAGAAAUACGAAGCUUAUAGAGACCUAGUUGAGAUUCUGCCAUCAUGUCAAAUGGAGGUGCAGUUGUAUCAAAAGAAGAUAGAAAGACAAGGAGCAAAUGUGGAGAGACUGGCCAGUGUAUUAUCAGAGGUCAGAAAUCUGGAAGACCAGAUUGAGAGUGCUCAGAUAGAGCUGAAAAAGUGGAAGACAGAAGAAAUAUCCUUAAAGAGACUGGUCACUGCAAAACGUGAGAAGCUAUCUACAGCUGAAAUGAAGAUAACAAAGAAGCGUGAAGAUGCUGAGCAACAUAAGCACUCUGUGUUUGAAUAUUGUAACAGAGUUCAGGAGAAGAGGGGUGUUGUAUAUGAUAAAGUGAUGGCCAUUCACAAGGAAAUCCAACAGACAAGGUUCAAAAUUCAGCAGCUGAAUGAGAAUGCUGAAAAAGAAGAAAUGAAAGCCAAGGAAAUAUACCUAAACCUGAAGGCUGCGUUGGAAAAGCAUCAUGACUCUCUCAUUAAGACAGCAAAGAGUUAUGCAGCCUCAAGAGAAGAUAAAAUUGCUGAACUGAAGAAGUGGCUGCUUAGAGUCCAGUCUCCUGGAAGUAGUUCUUAGACCUGUCUUUACUUUCAUUAUGUUUAUCCUCCUAUCUGAUCUUGUGCUUUGGAUAAUUAUUCCAGGCAAAAGCCAGCUUUCUCAAAAACCAUGUCGGAUCACAUUUAGACAGAUCCUGAUGUCAUGAGCUUUCUAAUGUGGAUAAGAAAACACUUGAUUUAGCCUGUUUGUAUUCUUUCAGUCGGUAUCUCAUUUAUUGGUAAUAAUGCAAGUCUUGCUAACACGAAAUUGCUUGACACUUAGAAUCCUGUUUUUUGUAGAACCAGUUCUGCAAACUUUGAUCUGGGAAGACCUGGUGCUUUGGUCUGGCCUAGAUGGAUACGCUGUUCAGAAUUAGUCAGUAAUAGGUGAUGUUCCACUACCGUUACUCAAUUAAGGUUAAAUCCUGAUGGAGCAGUAGCAUUCAUGUGAAUGCCUCCACUCAUCAUGAAUAUUGGUGACCCUAAAUGCUCAGGACUCUCACUUCAGUUAAAACAGUACAGUAGCUCUAGAUGCUUGAACUUUGUUAUUUUUGCUCUGUGGGGUACUGAAUCCUCAUCUGUGUGUGUUAGUCUGUGUUUGGGUGCUUAAUCCUAUAAAAAAUUAACGUAGAUGAUUAUUUUUGUACCUUACUUGUGAUGACACUGGUUUGCCACAGUGCUUUUAAUUAUUUCAAAAAAUAAAAUAAGAAUUUUUAAAAUAGUUGAUUUAAGCAUGUUUAACCCUACUCCUCUUCUGUGUUUUCCCUCCCCACUUGCAGCUGAUUUGGCAUGACAUUCCAAUUUAAAAAUUUUGCUUUGUACUUUUGGGGGAAUGUGUACUGCUGGAAGGUUUUUAUAACAAGGGGAGGAGGAUUCAAGUCUGUAUAGAUAAUAUCUUUCUGGCUUUGCUUAAUUCUUCAACUUCUCUUCUUAGCUAGGGGUGCUAGCAAGUCAGUCAGGAACAGCAGAUGAUCAGUGCUUCUAAAGCUCUUAAUGAGGCAUCAGACUCUUCUAAUGUUUUGCUUUGAUUUUUUUUUAUCAUUGUAGAAUGUGAGAUAAUUCAGUGAAAGUCCAUAUUAAUCUGCAGAUCUUAACCUAGCACUAAGUUUCUCAUACAGUUUUUCCAUUUCCACCAAAUAUAAUCUGUGUGAUAGGUAUGUGUGUGUAGCACAACUUUGUGUUUUUAGGCGAGUAUACUCUUCAUCCCCACGCUCCUGCAGUGCUGUGCAGCAGCAUCUGGUGUAGAGACCAGCAAAAGUUUAACUGUUAAGGUAAAUGAUUUUUGCAACAGCUGAAGAUGUUGAGUACAUGCAAGGCACAGAAAAAUUCUUUAUGCAUUUCAUGCACUAGGCCACAUAUGGAAUAGCUAGUGAUGUCUUGGGCGUUGUGCUUUGAAAGUGAGUUUUUUAAUGAGUCUCUCAUUCUGUGCUGUGUGUUAAAGCAUUAUGUUCUUCAUGUGCAGGUGUGCUCCACUCUCUUUGCCUUAGUGUGGAUUUUAGUGUGACACAGAUGCUAUCUGCCAGAAGAUGUUGCUUCUCAUUGGCAGUACUUGCUAAUGAACAUCAUGUCUGUUCAAGGAUGUUCAUUAUUCAACGUGUCUGUGUGAAAUGCUGUAACUAGUUUUUUGGUAUUUCCAGACUGACAAUACUAUGAAUCCUUGAAGACAGAUGGCAAGGCUUGUGUAGGGUUCUCCCCGAGGUUUCUUGAGAUAUCCUUGCUUCUCAUGUCAGUCUAGCCUAUAUCCUAGCUUGACUGGAAGCCAAGCAUUCCUCCUUCUAACUUCUCUGAGAAUUCUGGGGUGUGGCUUACCUUUUGGGGUUGUUUUGGUGAUGCUAUGAAGAUUCAAAGUAAAUUCAUGUGACUUGG